AACUUUCAACUUUCAUUCCCCUUGAAGCAAAAUCAGGCGUGUGAAAAAAGCUCUUAAAAUUGUAAACAAAAAAUUGAAGAAGAAAAUUCGAUAAAGAACAUUUGCAGAAAUUCUCAUCAAAUCGGUAAUAAAUAAUUAAUAAAUGGUGUAAUCAAGAGAUUAGUUGAAAAUGUUAUCUAAACUUAAAGGAUUUGUAGGACGUCACAAAAAGAAAUUUAUCUUUGGAGGUGUUGUUAUCGCUGGAGGAAUUCUAAUAAGAUAUGCUCAAAGAAAACUCGUAGAAUAUCAAGAAAAGCAAGUGAAAGAGUUUUUGGAGAAGACUAGACGUUUGCAACAUUUUGAGUCCACUGAAAAGACUACCGAUCAAGCAAUAAUAGGUUUAAUUCCUGCAUUAUGUGAAUCAAUAAUCAAAAUUUUAAGUACGGAAAGCAUAUUAGCGGAACUAAAGACAAAUUGUUCAAGUGCUCGAAAAAUUGAACUAUGGGAGGAACUCAAGAUACUAUCGUUUGCAAAAUGUACAGCUUUCGUCUAUGCUAUUUCAUUACUAGUGACAAGCUUGAGAGUACAGCUGAACAUAAUUGGUGGAUAUUUGUAUAAAGAUACAUUGCAAUCUAGUGAAAAGAUUACAAAAGAGAUCCAGACGAUUUAUAGUUUGGUUUUAAUACAGCAUUUAAUGGGUUCCGGAUUGAAUCAGCUUGUAAAAGUUAUCCGUGAGAAUGUCGUUAAAGUGAUGAGAAAUCACAGUCUUAAAGACAAGCUUAUGCUGAAUGAUGUUGAGCAGCUGUUUUGGUCAAUUCAGCAUUCAGUUGAUAAGGACAUUAAUAAGAACUUAGUGCAAUUUAUUUUACCAGCCGAAACGCACCAUAAUCAACAGGAUGAGAUAUUAAAUAAAAUGUUAUCGGACAGCAUGGAUGUUUUUGAAUGUGGCGAGUAUUUAGAAGCUUGUGAAAGCAGCAUUAAUAAUGCAUUUACUGUUGUGAUCGAUAAGGUUGCUGACUUUUAUGUGGAACCAGCAAAUGGAAAGAAUAAGCUUAAUGACUGUGAGCCAACAACAUCAAAGGAUACACCUGAAAGCAUGAACAAUAAUGCUCAUGUCAACAUAAAUAACGUUUCAUUACCUCUUGCGAAAAUAAUUCCUAUUUUAAAUGCAUUAACUUCUCAAGUACCGUCUAUAAAUGCAGCUGAUAAUAAGUCAAAUUUCGCCAGUUCCAUAACUGUCUUACAAACGAUGAAUCAGAAUAUCAAGACAUUAGGCGCUAAUGUUUAUGAGGUUUAUUCACAUUAAAAUUACACUUUCUUAAAGUACGAAACACAAGUUUGGUAAUGUCUGUAAGAUAUCCCAAGGAUUGAGGAAAUAAGAAAUUAUUGACAAAACAAAUUUUGCAUAAGUUUUAGGCUGAAUUUUGGAGAAAGUUGAAUGAGAAGUGUUUUUAA